UGCUUGAAAGAUACUGCAUCAGGUCUCUGUGCAGUGUAUGAAUCACGUUACCGCAAAUAUCCUCAGCAACAGUACAGAGAUUGGAUUUAGUGGUAAAGACUUGUAUCGAGUGGGCCUUGAGCGUGACGUUGUGUUGGACAAACAACAAACAGCGGGCCUACAUGAUCUAGCCUAGCGCGGUACAUUCCCAUUGAUGCGUGAACAGUCCCGACUCAACAGUGUAGUGUGUAGGAACGACUAUCGACUAGCAAGGACGACCCAGGUAUAUUGUGAUACACGCUCGCUGUGAAAAGAAGGAUCUUAAUAUUUCCGUGUGUGGAUUGUUACUGUGUUUUUACUCUGCCACUCAGUUGAAGCAUACUACCUGCAGCAAUGGCGUUAGGAAGCUGUCAUACUUGCAUCAAGUAUUUGAUGUUUGCAUUCAACUUUCUGUUUUGGUUAUUGGGAUGCGCCAUCCUUGCCGUUGGAAUAUGGAUCCUAGUGGGAGACAACUUCAACAAAUACGUAGAUGGCGCAGAGGAGUUCGGCUUCCUUCACACCGGGGCCUACAUCUUGAUCGUGGUUGGGGUCAUCAUAAUGGUCAUAGGCUUCCUUGGUUGUUGUGGUGCCAUCCGGGAGAACCAGCUCAUGCUUGGACUGUUCUUCGGUUUCCUUUUCAUCAUCUUCGCCGUCCUAUUAGGAGCGGGUAUCUGGGCCGUCAUGGCGAAGGACUCGCUGAAACAGCUGGUCUCCGACGUCCUGCAGAAGAAGGUGGAUGAAUCGUGUCAAAACAACCAAGAAUCCAAGAACUUCAUGAAGAUGGUCCAAGACGAGUUCCAGUGUUGCGGCGCCACAUCUGGUGUUGUUGAUUAUCUAACUACCUCCUGUGUCAUCAACUCCAACAUUUUUCCCUGUGUCGCCGAGGCAACCAUGUCGGGUUGUAAUGACAAACUACACGAGUUUUUCUCAGAGAAUCUCCUCAUAGUGGCGGGAGUGGCCAUUGGCAUCGCGUUUAUACUGAUCCUGGGAAUGAUAUUCUCCAUGGUUCUGUGUUGUGCGAUCCGGGACGUGUCAGCGUAACGUACCCACAGGUUGCUCUGGAUGUCUUUAUUUAUAUGAAUGUAUAUGGCAUAAAUGUAGUGGAUUUCUUAAUUUCUACUGAGAUUGGAUGGCAGCGGCUGUUUUAUGACGCGUUGUCACAUUAUGCGGGAUGUAUUUAUAAUAUAUAUCCCACGUGCCCUGUAUGGGAUAUAAGCGUGUGCAUUGCUAAUGCAGAAAAAAGAAACAUUUGGAAACAGCGAUUCGGCCGGAAGAUAUUUCUAAACCUGAAAUCUAUGCUUUGAAGCAGUAUCGAUGUUAUAUAUAAGAUUAUAUAUGUUUUGAUAAUUUGUCAUGCAAAGUGAUCUAAUGCAUAGUGAUUGAUAUGUUGUGAAGAAAGCAGGUUCAUAAGUUUUGUUCGCUAUAUGUCCCUUUCGCCGGAUUUUGAUAGUUCACUCGUGCUGUAUUUCACGACCGCUCUAAGUGAUUACGUCAUCAUUAACUGUGUAGCUAGUCGUCGAUUUUUCUAGCAAAUAUCAUUAGUCUAUGAGAUCAUAUAUAUUUAGUGCUUUUUUUUGUUUAAGAAUUCAUUUCACCCCACCGAUUAGACGUUAUUUUCAUAACUAUUUUAUUGCUGCUUGCCAUCCGUACUAUAUAUAAACAUUUGUCUCGUCAUAUGUGGAGGUGAAGUUAACAGACAUACGGACGUACAUAUAUACGGAAGUCUGAUGAUGAUCCAACUACGCAGGACGAUCGGACGGACAUCCUUGUUACCGUGGGACAAAUGCUAUGCGCUAGCCUUGGCCUCGGUAUUUCACCUGUUUACAUUAUUUUACAUAAUUUUUGUACAAUGUUCAAAAUCUGUAUUUUGUGUAGGUAUAUAGCUUUUAUCUGGUGUAUUUUUAAAAACAAAACAAAAAAAUGUACAAAGAUCUUGUCCACUACAUGUUCAAAGUGCCAGUGACCGAGAUGCUUUUCUUCACAACAAGAUAGUCACUCAAUGCCUCCAAAUGUAAAUUUUUCGCAGGAAAUAAGAUGCCGGCUCUCGCAGCGACAUCAUACGGAGAGAAAAUAAACAUUUGACAGGUGUCAUUUGUGGUAGUUUUUCACAAACAAAAUAACAUUAUUGUACCGGUACAAACUUGGCUUAAAUUGAGCUGCUUUUAUCGUCUGCUGUAUGACCGAAUAACUCGGUAGUGAAGCGGACGUAAACCACUCCAAUAAACGAACAAACAAGCUGCUUCGGCCUGCCCUGUGUUGUAGUUGCAUCCUCGAUUGCUUCACUCACAAAUGUACGCAGAUCAUAUUUGUGUCACAUAUAUGUUUAAGCGUUUGUGUGUGCAGUGAUGAAAACUCCUAUACUGUUUCCACUUUCACGUGAUGUCUCCGAUAUUGCAGCGUGAUAAGUAAUAUAUAAGUGCCUAGAAGGAAGUAAAAUUGAGAAAUUAUGCAAUUGAAACCAAAACUGCAGAUUUGAUUAAAUAUAUACAGUGAUUAUAUGUGUCGCUUACAUGAGCGACCUCUAGCGGCAAGCAAUGUAUGGUAUCGGUCGAUAACUCUAAACAACGAGUCGCAAUAAAGUGCAUUUUGACGUAUCAUCAAUCCGUUUUGACCAAUUUCUCCUUUAGAACACUUUGCCUUUUUUAAAUCUCUCGCAAUGGCAGUAUAUUUAAACUGACACGGGUCUCCUUGUUACUCAUAAAUCUUUAUUUUUCUAUAUAAUACAAUUGUGGUGGACAUUAUCUUUACUUAUUGCAUUUUUACCCAGUGUCAUGUUUGUGCAUCCAGUGUGUAUGUGUUAUUUCAUUACCGCCUACAGACAAAGCAUAAUAAUGUACAGUUGAAAUACAGUUGUGCAUGGUAUGAAACACGUAGAAACCUGUUACUCACCAAAAACUAAGAAUGUCGGUAUUCCCAUGUAACACGUGUUGUAACUUAUUUUAUUUUCGCGAAUCUUUUGUGAUUAUUCUUCACAAAAAAAGGUGUGGGAUUUUGAAAUACAGAAAAGAAAAGUAGUAGGUAUGUGUCUGAAAGAAAAUGAUCUAGAAAUUUGAAUUAGCGGUCACACUUUGUAGAGAAUUAGAUUGACAAUGUAUGGGUCCCGCGAAAAAUAGCUGAAUUACAGUAUAAGCAGGGAAUUUGAACACCUUUAAAAGAGCGCAGGUUUACCGACGCAGAAGAGAGGGACAUUCGUGCUAAUCAUGGAUUUGUAAAUAAACGAAUGAAGGAUUUUUUCUGUAUGUUUGUGGAAUCAAAACCUAUCACCACCUUUCUUAAAGACCAUUUCAUGUUGUUUUACUUAAACUAGUACAGCUAAAUAUACAUACAGGUAAAUACACUUACAUGUUGUACAGGUAAAUCAACGUAUACAUAUAGUACAGAUAAAUAAUAUUUUAAAUCUUAAUUGUUUUAUUUGGCACCAUGAGCUAAAAGGUCUUGCCGAAAAUGUAUGUAUACAUAAAUUACCAGCUAGUAUUAACAAUUGUAUCUAGAUAAGCUGUGCAGACUGUUGUAAACGAUUUUUCACAGCUGUAUAUGACAGUGAAAUCGUGUUUUAUGUGUUGACUGGGUUAAAUGCAAUAAAAAUCUUUUAAAAG